AUGGCUGCGCCAUACUUGCAGCGCACAAGUUGGAGGUACAUGUUUCCACCCAGCAGCAGACCCCAUGGUUGCCAUGCUCAAGCCAUUGGUGCUAUCUGGACUGCCAGAGUGGCACUGAGGUCCCUUGCCAGUGAUGCACAUACUCCCCACUGCCACAAUGGCAACCAGGCCAAGGGCUGUGACAAUGAGACCAAUCUCAAGCAGGGUGCAAAGCCCUUGAGAGCAUUCAUGCUGACACUUGAGCGGUCGAUCGGGAAACGAGCUGGACUUGACAACGAGCUUUGGGCAACCGGCUUGUUCGAUGCUGGGGUUGUACCUGAUUUGCCAGUGGAUGCACACAAAGGUGCUGUAGACAAAGAAGAUCACCCUAAAGAGCCACAACUUCAGUGGCUGGUUGGACGAGGGCAGGGAGCGCAUACCCAAAGAGGACGAAUCCAAAGCGUGGCUGCUCAGAUGCGCAGUGAGAGCACGCUGCGGUCCCUCCUUCAGUCUGCACAGAGUGGCUGUAGUGAAGACCCACCAUUGACGGGCAUCCUUGUGGUUUCUGGCACAGGCCACUUGAAAUCGGCUGCUGCAGAUCAAGCUAGGCAUCCCUCAAGGGAUAGUUUCUGGUUGCUGAAGGAAGCAAGAUCAAUGCAGGAGCAGGGCCUGCUAUCUUCAGCUGUAAGGAUCUGCGCUGUUGAAAAUCCAUUGGUCGAGACUUCUGCAGACAGACUCGCACGCAAGGUCGACUGCGGGGCAGAGGUCAUCUUCACACAGCCUCCACUCGCUUGGCAGCCAUUUGAGCAUUGGCUCAACGAUGCAGACAAGCUUGGCCUCCUGGGUACAGUUCAAGUCGUGGUGGGCCUGCCCAUGGUGACCUCCUCACAAAAUUUCUCAUUCUGGUCAAAGCUGUGCGAAGCAGAUGGAUUAGCGGCUGUGGAGGAAACAGCUGCGAAAUUGAGCUGUACAGGGGACGCACAGCCAGAGGCAGAAGCAGAUCUCUUCUUGAAGUGGAACCGAGACUUAAUCAGCAAGGUUCAGAGCCUGAAUGGCAUAGCUGGCAUGCAUGUCAUGCCGUUGUCCAAAGAAGCACACAGAAUGACAAUGUCGAUGCUGGCAGAUGGGUCGCUGAAAAAGCCAGAUAUGUAG